CCCGCCGUAUCCGGGAGGGGAGCUGUGAACGAGUGCGCGUUCUGGCUGGUUCCCCGGUGUGACCGGUAGAGGGAGCCUGGCGGCGGGUGUAGGAGUGGUGGAGGGUAGGGGGGGGGAGUAUGUCGCCGUGUAGUCUCGGAGAGGAGAGUAUGAGGGGACGCGCCGUGUAGCGGAGCCCGGGGGGAGGAGGAGGGGAUGUUAUCCAGGAAGAAGACCAAGAAAGAAGUUUCCAAACCGUCCGAGGUGCAGGGCAAGUAUGUGAAGAAGGACACCUCCCCGCUGCUGCGGAAUUUGAUGCCCUCUUUCAUUCGCCAUGGUCCAACCAUCCCACGUCGGACUGACAUCCUCCCGGCGGAUCCCGCCCCUUCUCAAUACCCCCCUGCAGGGGAUGGGGGGGUUUCAAGAAAUCAAAGUUUUUUGCGGACUCCGGUUCAAAGAACUCCCCAGGAGGUCAUGCGCAGGGAGAGCAACAGGAUGUCCGCCCCUUCGUAUUUGGUGCGAGGUCUGGGUGACGUGCCUAGGGAGUAUGGCGGCUCCGCUCAGUCUUUUUUAACGGAAGCCAAUUCGGUUAUGGAGAAUGGAGAUGCAAACCCCAGGUAUUUCUGCUCAGACCACCAUUAUGAUGGACAGAGGAGGAAGCAACAUGAAGAUUACAGAUAUUAUGAACACAGCAAUGAUCAUGUACAGAGAAUGAUGCACGGACCAGGCAGACUUCCUGCAGGCAUCGGAAGGGUUGCAGCCACCUCUUUAGGGAACCUGACCAACCACAGUUCAGAAGAUAUGCCUCUACCUGGUGGCUGGUCUAUGGACUGGACAAUAAGAGGGCGGAAGUAUUACAUCGAUCACAACACAAACACUACGCAUUGGAGCCACCCAUUGGAGAGGGAAGGGCUGCCCCCUGGCUGGGAACGUGUGGAGUCGGCAGAGUUUGGUGUUUACUAUGUUGAUCAUAUUAAUAAGAGAGCCCAGUACAAGCACCCAUGUGCUCCUAGUGUUCCUCGCUAUGACCAGCCCCCUCCCCUCCCUCCUCCUGUCACUUAUCAGCCUCGGCAAGUGGAGAGAAGCCAGCCGCUCCUAGUGCCUGCCAAUCCAUACCAUACAGCAGAGAUCCCAGACUGGCUCCAAGUGUACGCCAGGGCGCCUGUCAAAUAUGACCACAUCUUGAAGUGGGAACUCUUCCAGCUGGCAGAUCUGGACACAUACCAGGGUAUGCUCAAGCUGCUUUUUAUGAAGGAACUGGAAAGAAUAGUUAAACUGUAUGAAGCCUACAGACAGGCGCUGAUCACGGAGGUGGAGACGCGGAAACAGAGACAGCAGUGGUACGCUCAACACACCAAGAACUUCUGAUGUAUCUGAUCUUUUACCCCCCCUCAUUUCCUCAGGACUGGAAAGUCACCCCUUUUGUCACAGAGGGGGGGCUGUUGUGCCUUAAUGGCCCAUUCCUGUAUCAAAUGUGCUUUUAAACACUACAUAAAGGGAACGUUGCAGUGGAGCAGAUGCAAGAGGAGGCCCACGUGUCAGUCCAGUGCUGCUGAAUAUCCUGCAAUAAGCACACCUGGGGCUCCUUAAGGAUGGACUUACCUGAGCCAUGAAAGCUUUGGGUAUUCAAGCAGCUUCAACCUGUACUCACCCAGGCAGCAAUGUUAUCAAAGCAGCUAAUGUUCAUGAGACUGAAGCCAUAAAGGUCCUCCAAGUGGACUCAAACUCUAAAAUUAUUUGCAUAGUUUCCCCCAUGUGCUAAUUUUAAGUGCCUGGAAUAGCUGAAAAUGUUACCUUAAAGUGUAUCUAAAACUUCA